UGCUCAACUGGCUGCUAGUGAUUCCUUGUGAGCGUGUAAGUGCUCUGGGUUGUAGGACGUCUCACUACAAUCAAUACUCCAGAGAAGAAGAAGCAGUAGCAGCCGCCGUCACAGCAGCCAUCUCCAGCAGCCCACCCCCCCCUGCAGACUCCAGCAGUGUGCAGAGCAGGAUGGAGGCGUCGUUCGGCCCGACCUUCUCAGCCGUGGCUGCUGGAGCUAAAGCAGAAGGGUCCAGCACCUACAAGCAGCACAGGAGAACGCCCUCCUCCUCCAGCACUCUCACCUACUCCCCUCGGGAUGAUGACGAUGGAAUGCCUCUCAUCGGUACUCCUCGGCGGUCAGAUUCAGCCAUCUCAAUCCGAUCUCUCCAUUCCGAGUCCAACAUGUCCCUGCGCUCAACAUUCUCUCUUCACGAAGAGGAGGACGACACGGAGUCCCAGGUGUUUGCUGAACAGCCGUCAGUGAAACUGUGCUGUCAGCUCUGCUGUAGUGUCUUCAAAGACCCUGUCAUCACUACGUGUGGGCACACCUUCUGCAGACGAUGUGCCUUGACUUCAGACAAGUGCCCAGUGGACGCAGCUAAGCUCACAGUGGUGGUAAACAACAUCGCAGUGGCCGAGCAGAUAGGAGAGCUCUUCAUCCACUGUAAAUACGGCUGCAGGGCCACAGCCAGCAGCGCGGGGGGGGCCACGGCCUCCAAUCCCACAGUGGCUGGGAAGCCUGGAGCGUACGAGGUGGACCCACUGGGCUGCCCGUUCACCAUUAAACUCACCACACGGGGAGAACAUGAGGCCAGUUGUGACUACAGGCCAGUCCGCUGUCCCAACAACCCCUCCUGCCCCCCGCUGCUCACCAUGAACCUGGAGGCUCACCUCAAAGAAUGUGAGCACAUCAAAUGUCCACACUCCAAAUAUGGCUGUACGUUCAUCGGUAACCAAGACACGUAUGAAACACAUCUGGAGGUUUGUAAAUUUGAGGGACUGAAGGAGUUUCUGCAGCAGACUGACGACAGGUUCCACGAGAUGCAGUUGACUCUGUCCCAGAAGGACCAAGACAUUGCUUUCCUUCGCUCCAUGCUGGGAAAACUGUCGGAGAAAUUAGAUCAGCUAGAGAAGAACAUGGAGCUCAAGUUCGAUGUGUUGGAUGAGAACCAGAGUAAACUGAGCGAGGACCUGAUGGAGUUUCGUAGAGAUGCCUCCAUGCUCAACGUAAGGGGAAUAAAUGAUGAGUUGUCUCACAUAAACGCCCGGCUCAACAUGGGAAUCCUGGGCUCAUAUGAUCCCCAGCAGAUCUUCAAGUGCAAGGGGACGUUUGUCGGCCACCAGGGUCCCGUGUGGUGCCUUUGUGUUUACUCCACUGGGGACUUGCUCUUUUCUGGAUCCUCAGAUAAAACCAUCAAGGUGUGGGACACCUGCACCACCUACAAGUGUCAGAAAACCCUUGAGGGCCACGAUGGCAUCGUGUUGGCUCUGUGUAUCCAGGGAAACCGGCUGUACAGUGGCUCUGCAGACUGCACCAUCAUCGUGUGGGACAUCCAGACUCUGCAGAAAGUCAAUACUAUCCGUGCCCAUGACAACCCAGUGUGUACUCUUGUCUCCUCCCACAACAUAUUGUUCAGCGGCUCCCUCAAGGCCAUUAAGGUGUGGGACAUCGUGGGCACUGAGCUGAAACUGAAGAAGGAACUAACUGGUCUGAACCACUGGGUCAGAGCACUGGUGGCCUCCCAGAACCACUUGUACAGCGGCUCAUACCAAACCAUCAAGAUCUGGGACAUCCGCUCUCUGGAGUGUGUCCACGUCCUCCAGACCAGCGGCGGCAGCGUCUACUCCAUCGCCGUCACCAACCACCACAUCGUCUGUGGCACCUACGAAAACCUCAUCCACGUUUGGGAUAUCGAGUCUAAAGAGCAGGUGCGGACCCUCACAGGUCACGUGGGAACUGUUUAUGCUCUCGCUGUCAUCGCCACCCCCGACCAGACCAAAGUGUUCAGCGCCUCCUAUGAUCGUUCCCUCAGGGUGUGGAGCAUGGAUAACAUGAUCUGCACCCAGACUCUGCUCAGACACCAGGGCAGUGUAACGGCUCUGGCGGUCUCCAGGGGGCGCCUCUUCUCCGGAGCCGUGGACAGCACCGUCAAGGUGUGGACCUGCUAAACGAACAUCUGGCUCCUCAGCUGAGCUCAUCACAUCCCAUCAAAGUUUCCAUGAGGUUUCCUCGUCCACGCCCGUUUCUUUGAUUGUGAUUUAACAGCCGCAGACCAACAGUAACCACCCCCCCACCACCGAGCUGCAUUGGAACUAUUUUACUAAGUGUUGCUUUUAAAUCGUCAAACAGUCCCACGCGUCGACCCCCGACCUUCAGGAUCGCAGCUCCAGCUCACGCUCUCUGUGACCCAGUGCAUUAUGGGGCAAAACAAGACGAGCUGCCUUAACGGUUGCAACGCACUGCGCCAAAUCUGAGAUUGAAUGAGCGCUGUAAUCACAGCAGGAAGCAGAGAGGAUUAUGGGUAGUAGGUGGUCCUGUCUGCUUCCUGCAGAUACACCUGCCAUUUCAGAACUGUACUGACGAUGCCUAAUGUAAACUAUCCACACGCAUGUAACGGCUGGUUUCACAAACACGGAGCAAACCUUUAAACUUAUGAGACUUUUAAAUCCCAGAAUCCACCCAAUCACAGGCGAGUUAAUAAAGGUCAUUCGAGCAGUGAGCAGGUUAUUUGAUGCAAAUGAAGAAGCAGCAGUUUUAUGCUGAAAUUAAUGCGAACAGUGACUUAAUGAGUCAGAGGUAAUCGAGCCCGACCCAGACAAUCUGAAGGUCCCUGGACGGGGGGGCGGGGCUCAAAGGUGCCUGCUUCAAAAAGCCUGUGUUUGUUAGGCUUUAGUAACCAUGGCAACACGUAUACAGGUAACCCACUGAUUGUAGGAGUGAAACUCAGUCGCCAGCUGCUCUCACUUUAAUAUUAAUAUAAACCCUAAAAGACAAAUCGUUUUCGCCCUGUUUCUCUCUGCUGGUCAUUAUUUUUAAUUUACUGUCGAGUUAGGUUUUAUUCAUCGUCAGUUAUUCUUUCACGAGUUUGUCGAGACGCCGGAGAGAAACAGAUGAGGCAGCAGUCCCCCCCCCCGCUGUCACUCACCUGACUUCAAUCUCCACCUGUGUGUCGCCUGGUUCAAGUGAUGCAAAGUUCACAUCGGUUCAGACCUCUGCUUUGACUUUGUGUAAUCUCAUUGUGCGAAAAAUAAACAGCAGAACUCAAAAAGUACAGGUGUGAAAGUUUGUAUCUGACAGAUAAGAAGUGAUUUGUCCUCUAUUGGUUCAGAACAGAGCAGCUGGAAUAUUAAUAACAAGCAUCAAGUCAUUUCCAGAGAAAGACUGUCUCUUCACUUCCCUUUUCUCUUCCAUUUCAACAUUUCCGUUGCCCAGUUCAGUUUUUGUGAAACCAGCCGUUACCAAAACUCCUUUGAAUAAUAAGCGAAGACUUUAGAGAGAAUGACAGAUCUAUAGAUUUACUGAGUUUUAUAUUAGUGCCAUGAUAGAGCUGUAUCCAGAGCCACGCGACACUUGUACAGUUGUGUAAAGUAACGUGCCGAGUCUGGACAUGUGCCCGUCACCAGGACUCAGUCACCAGAGAGACCGGCGCUGAGGAGGAGGAGGAGGAGUUAGUGUGCAUGUAUGUGUCUGUUGUUGUGUACAUGGGUGUGUGUUUCAUGAGUGCCAUACGUGUGGAUGAGAAGCUAAGAAAGACUGUAAUGAUUCAUAUUUCUCUCUCGGAUCUCCCUGAUCUCCCCGGACACGUUCAGACUGUAGCGCGCGACGAGGUGAAGGCCGCCGGUGAUUACAGAUGUUCAGGAGUAUUACGUUUUCAUUUCAACACACAUCUGGACGCCCACUUCCUGUAGCCUUGGCGAUGAGGGUGGGGGGGAGGGAAGAGAGUUCGCUCACUGGUCAGUGUCAGUGAUUUCUUGUAAACUUGUAACCAUGUUAAGCCUGAGUUGGUCAUUGAUCAAUAA